GUAAACUUCCGGUUGACAACGGUGUAAACUUGACAACGCUUGCAGAGAGAGUGACACAGAAACAUCUUCUGGUUCCUGGUGUUUUCUAAAGGAAGAAAGAUGUACAAAUUAGAUUUACCCGUAGAUUAUAAAGAAGCCGCGGCUAUUGAACGCCGUCGGCGCAUGGAAGAGGAGAGAAAAUCAAGGAUUUUCAAUGCAAAAUGUAGAACGAUCGGGGUUGACAUGCAAGCACUAGAACAACAAGCUAAAGACAAGAAACAGCAUGAAGAAUUUGAAAAGAAAAGAGAAUUAGCAUUUGCACAUGAUGCAAUAAGAAAUGAUAAAAUUUCCCAGUUGUUAGAGAAACGUCAAGAAGCAGACAUGAGAGAAUUAAACAGAGCAAUGAAUGAAUUCCGGAUGAUGCACCAGCAGCCAGACAGUCGAAGGGAGUUUGAUUUGUAUGAUCCAGACUACCUCAAGAAAGAUAAACCAGCCCGAGUUAGUGAUGAUGAUCCAAGAUGUGGCGUGUCAAGUUUACAGAAAUUUGAAGGUGAAGACCUAAAUAGCAAGGCCAGAAGGAAGUACCAACAGGAACAGCUAAGAGAGUGGUCCACGGAGCAGAGGGAGGAGCGGGAACAAGCUGAAAGGAACCAGAAAACAGCUGACAGACUGUAUGAGUUGAAGAUGAGGGAACUAGACCAGAGGUCAAUGGAACUAGCUAAAGCCGAGGAGGAUUGUAGACGGGCUAUUAAUGUUGCCACUAAGGAUUACAACAAUGCUUUGGCAAGAGAAAGAGAUGAAAAGGAGAGAUUAAAGAAACAGCAGGAGUUAGACGAUAACAUGACAGAGAUUGCUAACCAUGUAUUUGGGGAUGUUCUCACAGAGAAUCCUGCCGUAGCACAAAGUGCAUUCGGACCCCACAGGGUUAUCACUGACCGCUGGAAGGGAAUGACCCCUGCUCAGGUCGAGGAUGUCAGAAGGAAACAAGAACUCCAGAGGCAAGAGAAAGAGAGGGCAAGACAGGAAGAAGAGCUGAGACAAGCAGAAUGGGAGCGCCAGCAAAAUGCCAACGCUCGAGCAGGCAUGCUUCUGGAGCGCGAGAUGGAGCGAAAGCGUCGAGAUUUGGAACGCCAGCAGGCCGAGGAAAAUCGUCGUCUAGCCAAGGAACAGAAAGGACAUUUAGAGUUUCUGGAUAAGGAAGUUUACACAAAUCCGCCCACAGCUGCUUAUUUCAUGCAAUUUAACACUAGCACUCGAUAAAGCAAGCUUCAAAUGUAUAGGGGGAUCCGGGAGGGGUGUUGUUUUAUUUUUCAGUUGUUGAGAAUGUGGAUUUGUUAUGAGAGAAAGAGAAAAAAAGGUGUGUGUGUGUAUAUGGUGUACAAUCAUGAAUUUUAUGAAGAUUAGAGUACAUUAUAUAGUUUUAAAUCCUUCCUAACUUCUGAAUAUUUAACUUCAGAAGACAAUUAAUCCAUAUACAGGUGAAAUAAUUUAACAAGUAUUUGUAAAAUAAUUGGUAAGUUGAUAUGAGAUAUAAGGAGCAGAUUUGAGAUCUUGUCAACUUCAAAUAUUUUCAUUGAUAGAAAAACAAUUAUGAUGGGUUUUAGUCAGUCCAUAAACUUUGUAUCAUGUAAAUGUAGCAGUUUGUGUUUUUGUGUAAGUGGAUAGACAGAAGAGGAAAAUAACAAUCAGCAAUUGCUUGAUCAUUUCACUACAGAAAAUUCUUUGUAUUUUUGCUUUAAAAGUGCUUAUACUUAUUUAAUCAUAGACUUUUUGUAUCUUAUUUUUGGUACAAAAAUCACUUGUAGAGAAGUGACAAGCACCUGUUUGAAAGUUGUUUAAAACUUGUUCAUGCUAUGAAAUAAGAAAUCUGUGAUACAUGUAUGUUCACCUAUAUAUAUAUACAUUAAAUAAAUUCCAAACCUUUAAAAA